AUGCUCUUCGUCGCUCCGCUUCUACUGUCGCUGCUCCACGCCCCAGCCGUGCUUCGCCGCUCGGCUGCGCCCACCGCCGGCGCCGCCGCGGUCGGAGCAUAUUCUCCUGCUGCCGCUGCGCAUCCUCGGUCGCCGGCGCCGCGGAUGCAGUUCUUCGCCAAGGUGAAGGAGAUCAACGAGGCCAACAAGAUGAAGACGGUGACUAAGGGCGCGCCGCCUCGCGUGCGCGGCAAGCGGCUGCCAGCAGACAUCGUCGAGGAGUACACGCGGCAGCAGCUCGAGCAGCUCUGGGGCGCGCUUGUCGCUGCGUACGGCAGCGAAGCGCUCGCGCGCGAGGCGGUCUUCUCCAACCCGCAGAUUAUCAACCCGUCGUACACGUUUUGCAACACCCUGCUUCUCUCGAAAGACGUCCUCUUUGAGAUGAUGGGCAAGGAGGAGGCGCUCGACGUCAUGCUCAAGAACCCCGCCGUUCUGCAGUGCGGCCCCUCCCUCGACACGCUCGGGCCCGACGAGAUCAAGGGCUUCGCAAACAUCCGCGGGCUCGGCAACAAGAUCCCGGAGAGCGCGCGGCUGGGCCUCAUCUCCUUCACCAUCGGCGCCGCCCUCUUCCCCGUCAUCGCCACAUUGCUCGGCUUCGAGGACGCCGCCUCGGUUGCCUUCGCCAAGCCGCUGGUAGGCAUCUUCUUCUCGGUCCUCAUCGAGGGCUCGCGCAUCAUCAUCGCACGCACGGCAGCUGGCCUCGUCCGCUAG